AUGAUGUCAGCAAGACAGGUUUUCCGGCUCUCCAGCCGUAUGAGAUGCUUCAGCUCGACGGCCGCUCGGCCUGCUGCUGAGGUAAAGCGGUUGGGAGUGAUUGGCGCGGGGCAAAUGGGUCUCGGGAUUGCGUUGGUAGCAGCUCAGAAAGCCCAAGUUCCAGUAACCCUAGUCGACUCAUCAUCAGCAUCUCUUGAAAAGGGGUUGGCCUUUGCAGAGAAGCUCCUGGCCAAAGAUGUCUCCAAGCAGCGCAUCACCCAAGACCAAGCCGACGCCGCUCGCACCCUGCUCACACCCAGCACCAAAAUCGAGGACCUAGCAUCCGCCGACUUCGUCAUCGAGGCCGUCCCCGAGAUCCCCGAGCUCAAGUUCGACAUCUUCGGCAAACUCGCCCAAAUCUGCCCCAAGCACGCCAUCCUAGCCACCAACACCUCGUCCAUCUCCAUCACCCGCAUCGCCGCCUCCACCACCGGCGGCAACCCAACCGACACCACCAACAGUUCCCGCGUCGUCUCCACGCACUUCAUGAACCCCGUCCCAGUCCAAAAGGGCGUAGAGAUCAUCUCGGGCCUGCAGACGUCUGCCGAGACCCUCGAGACAGCCGUGGCCUUUUGCAAGCGCCUGGGCAAAGUGACCUCCGUCUCGGCCGACUCGCCGGGGUUCCUCGCCAACCGAAUCCUGAUGCCGUACAUCAACGAAGCCAUCAUCUGCCUCGAGACGGGCGUCGGCGAUCGCGACUCCAUCGACGCUAUUAUGAAGAAUGGUACCAACGUGCCCAUGGGGCCUCUGCAGCUCGCCGACUUUAUUGGUCUCGAUACCUGUCUUUCUAUUAUGAAGGUUCUGCACACCGAGACUGGGGACUCCAAGUACCGCCCUAGCGUGCUUCUGCGGAACAUGGUUGAUGCCGGGUGGUUGGGCAAGAAGAGCGGCAAGGGGUUUUACGACUAUUAG